AUGUUGAGUCGGGGCUAGAGAAGUCCUGUCAUGUUUAUAUGUUGAAUCAAGGCUAGAGAAUUUCUGUUAUGUUUAUAUGCUGAGUAGUCAGGGAUAGAGAAGCCCUGUCAUGUUUAUAUUUUGAGUCAAACGGUAAAACACCCGAGCACUGAAACACUCAGAGUACACUGAUCAACAAAUAUUAGGACCAACAGUCCGUUGCAACAGUUACAUACCAUGACCUUUUUUUUAAUCUUGUUUUUUUUUUUUUUUUUUUUUUUUUUUUUUACACCAGUUGUUGUGUACUGGCUAUAACGAGAAAUAGCCUAAUAGACAAGCGACGGUGAUCGAUCCCAGACCGAGUCGACUGCGCAUAUUUGGCACUGGGCGUCAUGCACUCUGCCUUGGUUCUUGUGCCGGAGAGCGCCUAUCACAAAGGAGGGAAAUAAUAAACAGAUUAAUGUGCAAAACAUUAUUUCCUCCUUUAAACAGUUGGGAAAAACAACAAAAAAACCCAAAUCGAACAUAAGUUGAGCUCAAGUUACACAAGAUAAUAUUCUUGAUUUGACUUAAAAUGAGUGAUUCUGAUGAGGAUAAUGAUGCCAAUCUGCCAUCACGUGAUGAAUGUGAAAAAAGAUGUCAGAAAUUUGCCACGGUCACGGGAACGGACACGGCCCUGGCCAUGUUCUACCUACAGGACAGAGACUGGGAUCUUGAGAGAGCACUCAAUGCUUUCUUUGGCGGUUCUUCCCAGGACUCGACCGAUGCAUCCAGUAAACCUGUGGAAGAAGAAACGCCAUCGCAGUCCGAUGUUGUCAGUGAUUCUGAACCGCAUCGGUUUCGACUGUUGUCGUGGAACAUUGAUGGUUUAGACGACAGCAAUCUCAAGUCGAGGACAAAGGGAGUGUGUGACAUCAUUAAUCGUGACAAUCCGCACAUGGUUUUCCUUCAAGAGGUGAUUCCCAAGUCUUUGAAGCUGAUCGAGAAGCUGUGUCCGCAGUACCAAGCGAUCCCGGGCGGUCGGGACGACUACUUCACGGCCGUUCUCCUCAAGUCAGGCUCCGUCGAGUUCGAGAGCUCCAACAUAGUCCAGUUCUUCAGCAGUUUAAUGGAGAGGAACUUACUUGGUGUCAAGUGCAAGAUUAAAGGCGUGCCAUUCCUGGUUAUGACCUCCCACUUGGAGAGUUGCAAGGAGCACAGCAGAGAACGGAUAAACCAGCUGAAGAAAGCAUUCAGUCUGAUGGCCAAAGCGGGAGAUGAUCGCAGUGUUAUAUUUGGCGGCGACCUCAAUCUGAGAGAUCCUGAGCUCGACAAAGCUGGUGGUUUGCCUGAAGGUGUCCUUGACCUGUGGGAAAUAACCGGCAAACGUCCAGAGGCGAAAUUCACAUGGGAUCUGCAACGGAAUGACAACCUGGAGUGGAACAUGAAGUUCCGGCCCCGCUGUCGAUUCGACCGACUCUAUUUACGACACAGCAAACUGAAACCAGCGAUAAAACCGGUCUACUUUGAACUCGUAGGAAUAGAGCGAUUAACAUCAUGUCAGCGAUUUCCCAGCGAUCACUGGGGCAUAUUGACCCAUUUUGACAUUCUUGACAGAGUCGACAAAUGAUGCUGUGUUGGUGAUUUUCCACCGAUUACUGAAGCAUACCGACUCAUUUUGAAUUUCUUGGUGAUCACUGAAGCAUACUGACCUAUUUUCAAAUGUUAGGUAAUUGACAGAUGACGUGUUGGCGAUUUCCCACUGAUCCCUGAAUCAUACGGACCCAUUUUCAAAUUUUCGGCAAUUGACAAAUGAUCUUGUGUUGAUGAUUUCCUAGCAACCACUGAUGUAUACUUUCCCAUUUUAACAUUGUAGUCUUGUCAACAAAUGAAGUUGUGCCAGCAAGUAACCAAUGUUCUGUGGGGCAUAUUGUCCCAUUUUGACAUUACAGACAGUGAAAUGAUGUGAAAUUAGCUGUACUAGUUAUGUGACGUCUACAAACCCACCACACUGCCAUAGACUAAUUCCUGUGUUUGUUAAACCGUACGUCAGGGGCAUUCACCCAGUUUUCCAUAUCCAGGUUUUAAACAGUCUUUUGGGCGUCAUAAGCCAGUUUAAAAAUUGGGUGCCAUUUGUAAAUCUUAUCUUUUUCAUAUUGAAAUCGUGUCACAUUUCAAUUGCAGUUUCAGUUGUUUACUUAUAUUUCACAGGGUCAUUGAAGCCAUUCCCAGAUAACAGUGAAUAAAUAAUUUUCCGUAAGCUCCAUUUUUGUCCACCAGUUUUCAAAAGAUUUAGCAUAAGCUUUCUGAGAGUUGCUAAAGCAAUACAUGUCCCCUGCUUUCUUUCUUUUCUUUCUUUUUACUUAUGUUUGUGCUUAUAUCCAAUUGAGGUUCAAGCACACUCUUCUGGGAACACGUAUCCGUUGUCUGUCCAGGACAGUGGGUUAGUUGGUUAGUGCUUAGUGAGAAAGAAGAGGGUUUAGUGGUCUCACACUGACCCAUUGAGUCGUUAAAACUCGCUUGGGGUGGGAGCUGGUACCGGGUUGCGAACCCUAUACCAGCUUUAUGUCCAAUGGAAUAACCAUGACACCACUGAGGCCGGUGUUCCCUGCUGAAAGUCAAACUUGAUCUAGGCAUAACUGGGUACAUUGCCAUGAAAGUAUUAACUUCAUCUGUACCUGUAUGUGAUAAAGCUAUUUAUCAUCCAUUAAAGUAUUAACUUCAUCUGUACCUGUAUGUGAUAAAGCUAUUUAUCAUCCAUUAAAGUAUUAACUUCAUCUGUACCUGUAUGUGAUAAAGCUAUUUAUCAUCCAUUAAAGUAUUAACUUCAUCUGUACCUGUAUGUGAUAAAGCUAUUUAUCAUCCAUUAAAGGCUUUUGUGGGAGAUAUCGCUAGCACUAUAAUUUGCGAUAUUCUCCUAGGAGAUAAAUGAUUCUUUUUUACGUCACUAUAUGUUUCAGCACUAAACCUAUCAUUAGUGACAUCAUGCCACUGUUGUUCUGCUAGUUAACCAGUCUAUCACUGCCAAAUAUAGUGACAUUCAACCCACUUUACUGACAUUGUUUACAAUUGUCGCAAAUGAAAAUGGAUGAUAAAAAGAAUGCCCCCCUCGUGUCUUGUGAUAUAAUUUAUCAACACUCGUUGAUAAAAGUAUAAAAAUCCUCUGCAAGCCUCAGAUUUCAUACUUUUAUCAACUCGUGCUAAUAAAUUGUAUCACAAGACACUGGGAGUAUCCUCUAAAUUAAAAAUUUCAACUCGAUAUCUUGGGAGAAAAAAAAAAAAGUCCAGAAAACUAUACUAUGGUCGAUGACAGUCACUUUUCGGACCCAUGUUUUGGCUUCAUACACAAUAAAUAAAACAUAUACAAUGGUAAUUUUUUGAUAUGAUAUAUUUGACAAAAUUUCUUUUCAUCUUUUAAAACUUAAUAUUUUGUCCAGAAUUAUGAAAAAUAAAAACACACCGACAUGUAAAAAGCGUUGUCUGGUGGUUAUAGAAUUUUAACAGGGGUCAAGGUUAGUAGACCAGUUUUUAUUUUAGUGUGGCGAAGCAUUGUAAUAAUACAGCUAAUUUUGAAUUUGAAUGACAUCAGUAUUCCAAUGGCGUCACUUUACAUCUCCUUACAAUAACAACUGAUUACAUGAUGUUUCCGUUUUCAGAAUGCUGGAAAAAUUCCAAUACAAAAUUGCUAUUGAAUUUUUUUUAGUUUGAACGUUAUUAAUGCACCUGGAUAUGUUUGAAGAAAAUCUUGUAAUUAAAAAAUUAUACCUUUUACG